UUUUAAGCUUCUGAGCAUGCGCCUGUCUAGUUCCUUCGGUGUCUGCAGUUUGAAGAGUGCUGGAGAAAGAUGGCAAAGAUGCUGCACGUGUUUCUAGUUCUGGCUCUGCUGGCACUGGGCUCAGGAGAAGAGGGCGCCCGUUUGCUGGCCUCCAAAUCCCUGCUGAACCGCUAUGCUGUGGAAGGUCGGGACCUGACCCUCCAGUACAACAUCUACAACGUGGGUUCCAGCGCUGCUCUGGAGGUGGAGCUGUCUGAUGAUUCUUUUCCUCCUGAAGAUUUUGGAAUUGUUUCGGGAAUGUUGAAUGUGAAAUGGGACCGAAUUGCUCCAGCAAGCAAUGUCUCUCACACAGUUGUGUUGCGCCCCUUGAAGGCUGGGUACUUUAAUUUUACCUCAGCUACUGUCAGCUACCUGGCCCAGGAGGGAGGGCAAGUUGUGGUCAGUUACACCAGCGCCCCGGGACAGGGAGGCAUCCUGGCUCAGAGAGAGUUUGACCGGCGCUUCUCUCCACACUAUCUGGACUGGGCUGCAUUCGGCGUGAUGACUCUGCCCUCCAUUGGUAUCCCUCUGCUCCUUUGGUACUCCAGCAAGAGGAAGUAUGACUCACCAAAGAGCAAGAAGAACUGAGAAGGCUCCACUGCAUUCAAGAAAAGGGGUUGAGGGUGGGGAGGGAAGUAAAAGGGUUUUGUGAUCUGGGAAAAGCUUAAUAAGAGAUACUGGGGGCGACGGCUAAAACUUGGUGACCAACGGACUUGAUUGUGGUUUGAUCGAACAAUGUUUAAGAGAACUUUGGAGCAGCAAGCAGAAGGUGUUUCUUCAUAUCUGCAAAUGCGUUCAUGUGACAAAACGAUUACAUUAUGCUGUUUUCCACCACAAGAACUAGCGGGUGAAGCUCAGGAGCAGCUCUUGUCAGAUGUCCUUUGUGGCCUUUUUGGGAGGGGAAAAAAAAAGUACUUACCCCAGAGUGGGUACUGCUGUGCAGGGCUUGAUGCUGAUUUGCUUGCAGUUUAACCAUUCAGAGGUUAGAUUGAAUCUCUAAGCUUUAAUCUUCUCUCUCAAACAUUACCUUCAGCAAUACAAAAUUCAGAGAAUAGUCUGACACAACGAACAGCAGCCAGCUUGAAGGAGACCACAAAGAUCCUGGGAUUAUGUACCAAUGAUCCUUCCAUUGCUGCCAGUUAUUGAGCACUGCACCUCAUGAGUCCUUCAACACACGUCCUGAGUUCCUGCAGUGGAAAAGUGGCUAAUAGCAGUUACUACUGUAACAGCUGUGUGUAAUUUUAUAACUGUGUAACUAAUGACCUGAUGUGACAUUUUGUCAGUUGUUGAACUUCAAAAUAAAAGGAUACUUUUUUUUUUUUUUUUUUUAAAUUGACCCUGA